AUGGGCUCUAUCGCCGGCCAGUUCAAGAACCCCGCCACGGCCAGUCUCCUCGAGCUGGUCAAGGGCCGCCGCACUAUCUACGGCCUGAAGGCGGAAAGCCCCAUUUCCGAUGAGGCCAUUGAGAGCAUUGUCAAGGAUGCUGUUGUGCACGUUCCCAGUUCUUUCAACACCCAGACUUCCCGGAUUGUGUUGCUGCUGAAGGAGGAGCACAAGAAGCUCUGGGAUAUCGCUAUCAGCGCCAUGGAGGGCCUGGUUGCUGCUGGCCAUCUUUCCCAGGAGGCCUUUGAGAGCAGCACCAAGCCCAAGCUCGAGGGUUUCCGUGCUGGUUACGGAACUGUUCUGUUCUUCGUCGACUACGACUCUCUCAAGGAUGUCAAGGCGAAGUUUGCCAUGUACGCUGACAAGUUCGACCCCUUUGCUAUGGAGUCCAACGCCAUGUCCCAGUACCUUGUCUGGACCGCGCUGAGCUCCGAGGGCUUCGGUGCCAACUUGCAGCACUACAGCCCGCUCAUCGAUGAGCAGGUCCAGAAGCAGUGGAAUCUCCCUGCAACCUGGAAGCUCGAUGCUCAACUUGUUUUCGGUACCCCUACGUCUGGCCCCUUGGACAAGGUCUUUAGCCCUCUGGAGAACCGCUUCAAGGUGUUCGGCAACUAA